AUGGUGGGGGGCUACUUCGAACCAUUAGUCUCCCGCCCUUCAAGCGUUUCUGAUACUGGGCUAGGGUCAAACGAAAUAUCUCCAGUGUCACGUCAAGCAUCACUGCCCCUGUCUGAUGAUGGUUCACAGGCCCACCAGACGUAUCAGGGCUCGAAGGUGAAUGAAGUUGGUGCACAGGGCAGGCCUCGGAAUGCAAGCAUUCUGAAAACCACCAAUCGUGUCAAGUUUACUCUGGAUAAACCAGAGCAACAUGAACCCACUAUCGGAGCUACGGUCGAAUCCCGACUGGAUCGAAGGGGCACUGUGCUCCCUCAAAGACCACAACCCACAGCCAACAUUCCAUACAUUCAGGAAAAAGGGUCCGUGACCUCCCAUGCCGCACCAUCACUGGAGGAAAGGAGCUCUGGCGCGCCAUCCGAUGUCACUGGCCUGACGAUCGGCUACCAGACAAGCUCAUCGGGAGCCGGGAGAGAGGGGGAGCAGCUCAGCUUUAGUACAAAUGACAAAGGGCAGGCGAUAGCUUAUGCACAGGAGAGAGCUCAGCGACUGACAUCUAUUUUCAGUCGCGGUCCAAAACCUCCGAAAACCAGUCCUCGGUCCAGCCAGAAUUCAUCGAUUGCUUCUCUCCCAACUGAAGUAGUCUUUCCUUCCGAAGAUGGGGAUGAGAUCACUGUGAUAAGCUUCCCUGAGAAACAACAACUAUUUGACGACCUAACUGCUGAUGAGGAUGAUGCGGAUCUCGUAAAUGGGCAAUUUACACCGCACACGUCCGAAGCAUUCAAUAUCGUGCGACAAAUGUCCCAACGAGACUUCUCCUUCUUGACUCGCGUUCGUCCUCCGUCUCCUGGCCCUCUCUCCGGCCAAGAGACACCGACCGAGGACAGAGACUCCGAGACUUAUGUCGAACGGCCCUCUCGUUACCGAGGUGGCAUUCUGUCCUCCCUACUUAAACUACACGACGGAGGUAGCCACUCUAGCCAGGAUAGUCGAUGGAGUUAUUCCAGGAAAGGAAGCUCCUCAGAGUACAGUGGACGUGGAUACUCCCCUGAUCCUCUCUGGAAACCACAUCGACCCCGAAAGUGGUACGAGAAAUCACCAAGUCGGUCGAGCAGUACCUUAAACGGCUCAUCGCCCAAGACCACAUCCCCCAUUGCUAUGCUGAAGCGAUCUCGAAGCAGCGGUGCAAUUGGAGGCGUAGCGCGUCGAUGGGCAAAACACGACCACUUCGAAGAUGAGAUCCGAAUUACCGUCCAUAUCGCUGAAAUCUUGUCACGCCAAAGAUACCUGACCCGGCUCUGCAGAGCCUUGAUGAAAUAUGGCGCCCCGACUCACCGGUUGGAGGAAUAUAUGCGGAUGACUGCUCGUGUGUUGGAAAUUGAUGGUCAAUUCUUGUACUUCCCCGGCUGCAUGAUUAUCUCCUUUGAUGAUGCCUCAACGCACACCACGGAAGUCAAAGUCGUACGUGCCAGCCAAGGAGUUGACCUGGGCAGAUUGGCAGAUGUACACGAGAUCUAUAAGGAAGUGAUCCAUGACGUGAUUGGAGUGGAGGAAGCCAUUCAAAGGUUGGAUGAGACGUCGAAGAGGCCUAACAAGUACCACUUGCUGCUUCAAAUUGUUGCGCACGGCUGUGCGAGCGCUUCCGUGGGGCCCUUCGCAUUCAACGCUCGACCAAUCGACAUGCCCAUCUCCUUUUUACUGGGCUGUCUUCUCGGUAUCUUACAACUCAUCCUCUCACCAAGAUCGAGUCUAUACUCCAACGUGUUCGAGAUCACCGCCGCUGUCUUGACUUCAUUCCUGGCCCGUGCAUUUGGAAGUAUAAGAUACCAAGGCGACCCGCUCUUCUGCUUUUCCGCCCUAGCACAGUCCUCGAUAGCGCUCAUAUUACCAGGAUAUACUGUGCUUUGCGCGAGUCUGGAGCUACAGUCAGGCAGUAUAAUUGCUGGAUCAGUGCGUAUGGUAUACGCAAUUAUAUACUCCCUUUUCCUUGGCUUCGGUAUCACCAUCGGUACCGCUGUCUAUGGUCUUUUGGACUCGCAAGCCACAGUGGCAUACACUUGUCCUGCCAGCCCAAUAACAAACGAGUACCUCCAAAGAUUUCCAUUCGUACUCCUCUUCACUAUAUCCCUCGCCCUCGUGAACCAGUCCAAAUGGAAACAAAUCCCCAUUAUGAUGGUUAUUUCCUUAACAGGCUACGUGACCAGCUACUUUAGCUCGAAGCGUUUCUACGCCAAUACUCAAGUCUCGAAUGCCCUCGGUGCCUUUGUCAUCGGUACAAUGGGUAACCUCUACAGUCGACUUCGCCAUGGUCUUGCAGCUGCUGCAAUGUUACCUGCCAUCUGGGUUCUUGUGCCCUCCGGCCUUGCAGCGAGCGGGUCAUUGAUAUCAGGCAUCACCUCGGCAGAAGAAAUGACUCGCACCCCAUCUACGGUCAUAACCAACGGGACUCAGGGAUUUGUUGAUGCAGCGAAGAAUUUAUCAGCUGCCGAUGCACGCAAUCAGAGCUACAGUACUGUCUUUGACAUUGGAUAUGGCAUGGUCCAGGUUGCUAUUGGGACAACAGUAGGCCUUUUCCUAGCUGCCCUCGUUGUAUACCCUCUUGGCAAGAAACGCAGUGGACUAUUCAGUUUCUAG